AUGACAACGUGGAUAGUGUCACGCCUUUUUGGGGAGUCUCCAUGGACUAGAGCUCUUUUCAUUACUAUUGUGGUGCAAGCUGUGCUUGGUAUCACUCUCGAAGCUGUCAUAUUCAAUUAUCACUCGACAUCCGUCAACCUCAUAUACGAACAUCGUUUACAAGAACUCAGUCUACUUACUGCUUAUGCCAAUGCGCGCUCUUUACUCGUCUACUAUUCAUUAUUUAUCAUUGCACAACUCUUCACGCUGGUGCUCGUGAUCGAUGCGAUUUACCAAAAGAAUACCAUUGAGCUGAUUGCACUUGCUGUGUUCGAGGUCGGCAUGAGUGCCUACUCCGUCAUUCAAUACCACCAAUCCACAAGCUUGUUCAGCGACGCAACAGACUCUGCAGUGGUCACUUUGUUGGGCGAUUCAUUAGGCACGUCAAGAUGGGCCGAGGUGACACAAAUAUGCAUCAUGAUUCUGAGCACAGUGGCUUUCUUGUUCCUGGGAUACAAGCUAUACCUCGAGUUUGGAUGGCACAUUUACAAAAAGAUUGGAGCUGAUUUGGCUAUGCGAGACCGUUACAAGAUGUAUCAGAUCUUUAUGAUGCUUCUCAAAUUCGAUUUUUUCUUUUUCCUCGGGUUCUCGGUUCAAUACUUGGCUUUGCUCAUCGUAACAUGGUGGCCGGAAGCAGAUACAACAGAAGAAAGCUCUGAGCUCAUUGCAAAAUUGGUUGAACACAUCUUCCUCAGCUGCCUCGUCACAAUAGCCAUGUUGUUGCUUGCAUACUCUGGCCUUCGACGUGAAUGCAAGGCCCAUUUGUACAUAUUUAUGGCUCUCUCCCUGGCAAGCACGAUUUACUUUAUCCUCACAUUGGUCCAAAUCUCUCAACAACCCCAACGCUACAUUGGAUCCAAAGCGUUCUUGACCUUUUUCCUGUGUGUGGACAUUGGUUUGAUUUUGGUCACCGUGCCCAUAUCCAUUCUAUGUCUCCGUAACUUUAACCAAGGUUUGAUUAACCACAUUUCACAUGCCACUGGUGCUGCCACAUGCUCCCAUUCAAUGUCACCGCUUGGUGGAGAAACAGGAGAAGAGAAACCCGGUCCUCAGCGAUGGUCCAUCGAAUGA